AUGUCUGCAGAUGACGGCAGGGGACUGGGGAAUACCCAGGACCAGGAGGGAGCCCGAGAGAUUCCGGGUCACCAGCAUCCUUGUGGAGAAAUGGUUUCUGAGUUGGAGCAGACAGUGCCUUUGGGAGCCAUUGAGGAGACUCCGCACAUCAAGACGGAGCCCAAAGAGCCACCUGCUGAGGGGGCAUUGCAGGAGGAAGAGGUUCGGAGUGCGCAAGGGUGGGCACCUCUGUGCCAGGAUGUCAAAGACAAGGUUCCUCUCCUUCCUAGAGGAGCCAGCCCCUCCCCACAGGUCCAGGCCCUUUCCCGGGAGGGGAGAACCCGAGACCGCCAGAUGGCCGCAGCUCUCCUCACCGCCUGGUCCCAGAUGCCAGUGACCUUUGAGGACGUGGCUUUGUAUCUGUCCCGGGAAGAGUGGGGCCGCCUGGACCACGCUCAGCAGAGCUCCUAUAGAGAAGACCUGCAGAAGAGGAACGGGAUGUCCUUGGGAUUUCCCAUCAACAGGGCCUUGUGGGCCUCCCAUAUGCAGGGGAAGGGUGAAGCCUCCAGCUCCCACCUGCAGAGAGGAGACGAGGAGGAGACGGUUGUGUGCACAGAUGCUAUGGACGUGGGCACGGAGACUCCAGUCCCGGCUCCCUUUAGGGAUGUGAAGCCCUUCAGAAGCUGGGCAGGCAGAGCCCCAGGGGUGACCCUGCAGUGUGGGCAGCCCACAGCCGGUAGCCAAGGCUCAGGACAGACUGAGGACGACGGGCUGCCCAGGCCUAUGGAGCAGGGGCAGCAGGGGCAGCGGGAGCCAGCCCUGCCAGCCACCAGCCUUCCGGACCCCCGGGAGGGCAGGGUUCCUGAGAAACCCAGUGAGGAGGAGAGACGCACUGCCACCGAGAGCAGCGAGGAGGGCGUGGCUGCCGAGGGUGAUGGCAGCAAGAAAACGUACAAGUGUGAGCAGUGUGGCAAAGGCUUCAGCUGGCACUCCCACCUGGUGACACACAGGCGCACGCACACGGGCGAGAAGCCCUACGCCUGCACGGACUGCGGCAAGCGCUUCGGCCGCAGCUCGCACCUCAUCCAGCACCAGAUCAUCCACACGGGCGAGAAGCCUUACACAUGCCGGUCCUGCUGGAAGAGUUUCAGCCACCACUCCACGCUGAUCCAGCACCAGCGCAUCCACACCGGCGAGAAACCCUACGUGUGCGACCGUUGUGCCAAGCGCUUCACCCGCCGCUCGGACCUGGUGACCCACCAGGGCACCCACACGGGCGCCAAGCCCCACAAGUGCCCCAUCUGCAGCAAGUGUUUCACGCAGAGCUCGGCCCUGGUCACCCACCAGCGCACCCACACCGGCGUCAAGCCCUACCCCUGCCCUGAAUGCGGCAAGUGCUUCAGCCAGCGCUCCAACCUCAUCGCCCACAACCGCACCCACACCGGCGAGAAACCCUACCACUGCCUCGACUGUGGCAAGAGCUUCAGCCAUAGCUCCCACCUCACCGCCCACCAGCGAACGCACCGUGGAGUGCGGCCCUACUCCUGCCCCCUGUGUGGUAAGAGCUUCAGCCGCCGCUCCAACCUGCACCGGCAUGAGAAGAUUCACACCACCGGCCCCAAGGCCCUGGCCAUGCUGAUGCUGGGGGCGGCAGCGGGGGCCCUGACGACACCCCCACCAACAGAACUCAGCUCGGACACCAAUGUCUGCUCCACUGAGGCCAUUUGGGCCCCCUUUUGUCUCCAUGGGUCAUGGGACCAGCAGAGCUACCUGUCGACGGAACUGAGGAGCGGUGGGCGAUUCUUGGGGGCCCGUGUCCUGUCGCGAGUAACAGGGAAGCUGGCUAUCGUGUUGCGAGGCCGCGCGCGGGGCUCCGCGCCCUGGCCGGGGUCCCGAGGCGGACGCCAGAGUCGUGCACACCUCUGGGGAGUGCCGGGAAGAGUCCUGGUCGCCCUCGCGGCCCCGGCUCGCUCCGUUUCGGGGCAGGCAUCCCGAGCGCUCCACCGCUCGCUGGCCGAGCUCGGGGCUCCUGCCGUGCCCUACUCAACGAUUCCGGUGAGUCCUGGCCGCCCCGCAGCGGCUGUACACGGCGCCGUGUGUGAGUGCUGGCUGCUGGCCUCCGUGUCCGUCCAUCGUAUUGGGGUCUUCCUCGUUUUCGCUGCCCCUCCACUUUACCAGGUCCAGGCCCUUUCCCGGGAGGGGAGAACCCGAGACCGGCAGAUGGCCGCAGCGCUCCUCACCGCCUGGUCUCAGAUGCCCGUGACCUUUGAGGAUAUGGCUUUAUACCUCUCCCAGGAGGAGUGGUGCCGCCUGGACCCCCAACAGCAGCACAUGCGUAGAGAAGCCCCACAGAGGAAGGAAAAGUGUGCUUACGGUCACAGCCUACAGGUGGCCAGUGGGGAGCGCCUGCUCUGCUUGGCUAAUUCUGUGGUGCUUCGUCUUGUGCUCCCACCAUUCCCCUCGAAGCUCCCCCUGCAGAGGUGUUUGAGCAGAAAGCCUGGUCCCGAGGCCUGGGGGGUGCCUGGCCUAGGGGUUUCCCGCAGCAGCAGGCCUUUCUGGGUUUCCCAGGUGCAGGGGAAGGGCGAGGCCUCCAGCUCCGGCCUGCAGACAAGAGACGAGGAGACGGCCGUUGGCACAGAAGCUGUGGAUUUGGGCAAAGAGGCUCCAGCCCAAGCUGCCAUUGAGGUUGUGAAGCCUUGCAAACCCAGGAUGGGCAGAGUCCCCAGGGGCACCCUCCAGUGUGGGCAGCGGGCACCCAGAAGCCAGGGCUCAGGACAGACUGAGGACAAAGCACCACCUGGGCACCUGGAGCAGGCACAGCCAAAGUUGUCCCUGCUGGCUGCCAGCCUUCCAGACAAAAAGGAGGGUGGCAUUCUAGAGAAAUCCAGUGAGGAGAAGAGCUGUACCACCAUUGCCCAGAGAACCGAGGAAGAGAAACACGCCUCCAUUGUCACAAGAAGCGAGGAGAAAUGUACUGCCUUGGUCCGAAGAAGCCAGGAGGAAAAGGAUGCCACCUCAAUCGAGAACAGCAAGGGGGUGAGACACACUGCCCUUGUGGCAGGACACGCUGCCAAUGAAGUGGAGAAAUGCGCCCUCAUGGGUGUGGAGAGUAGCAGACAGGGCCCGCUUCCCGAGAGCCACUGUGGCAAGACCUACAGGUGCGAGCAGUGUGGCAAGGGCUUCAGCCACCGCUCCAACCUCAACGCGCACAGACGCAUCCACACGGGCGAGAAGCCCUAUGGCUGCCCGGACUGCGGCAAGUGCUUCAGCCACAGCUCUCACCUCACCACCCACCAGCGUACGCAUCGCGGCAUCCGGCCCUACUCGUGCCACCUGUGCGGCAAGAGCUUCACCCGCAACUCCACACUGAUCCAGCACGAGCGCAUCCACACCGGCGAGAAGCCCUACGUGUGUGAUCUGUGCACCAGGCCCUUUGCCCGCCGCUCGGACCUGGUUGCCCAUCAGAGCAUCCACACUGGCAUCAAGCCCCACAAGUGCCCCAUCUGUGGCAAGUGCUUCACGCAGAGCUCGGCCCUGGUCACCCACCAGCGCAUUCACACUGGCAUCAUGCCCUACCCCUGCCCAGAGUGUGGCAAAGGCUUUAGCCAUCGCUCCAUCCUCAUCGCCCACAACCGCAUCCACACAGGCGAGAAACCCUACCACUGCCUGGAGUGCGGCAAAAACUUCAACCAUAGCUCCCACCUCACCGCCCACCAGCGCACGCACCGUGGAGUGCGGCCCUACUCCUGCCCCCUGUGUGGUAAGAGCUUCAGCCGCCGCUCCAACUUGCAAAGGCACGAGAAGAUUCACACCCCCAGCCCCAAGGCCCUGGCCAUGCCAUUGGGGGCAUCACAGGCCAGGAAGACUAGGAGAGGGACCAGGAGCAGCAAGGAGAAGGAGCCAAGAAGGCCUGGGAAGGGAGGCAGGGAGGCAGCUGGCAUGGGGUCGGGCAUGACAAAGCAGGAAACAGAGGAGCCCCCACCAUAG